AUGUCGAGCGAACACAUCAUCCCGGGACGACCCAAUGACCACGAAAAAGCCGCCGACGACCCCAAACCAGACAGCCUGUACGAGGCGUACGAGAUCGAGCUCCAGAGCUCGGCGGGCGGCAGCAUCCGCUUCGGGGACUUGAUCGCCGGCAAGGGGUCGAAUAUCACGACCUUGGUUAUUUUCAUACGCCACUUCUUCUGCAUCUACGACCAAUCCUACGUGCGCACGCUCUCGCACCACCUGAGCGACAGCCUGCUCGCCUCCCUCCCCGACCCAGGCAGCGGCGGCCCCUGCCAGGUCAUCAUCAUCGGCUGCGGCGACCCCGCCCGCAUCGUCCCCUACGUCGCCGAGACUGCCGCCCGCUUUCCCGUCUACACCGACCCCACCGGCCGCAUCUACUCGGAGCUGCGCAUGAACCGCACCGUCCGCGGCAUCACGCGCCCGCCCGCCUACACCGAGGUCUCGUUCGUGCGCGCCCUGGGCCGGACCCUGCGCCAGAUGUUCUCGGCGGGGGGCUGGCGGCGUGCGUUUCGCGGAGGGCCCUGGAAUUUGAAUGGCGGGGAGUGGGUGUUCAAGGGGAGACGGUGCGUGUAUGUCCAUCGGAUGGAGAGUGUGGGCGAUCAUUUGACGGCGGGGCAGUUGUUGGAGGUUUUGGGGGAGGGAGAGGGGGAGGGGGAGAAGGACGAAAGGGGUGAGGGGUGA